AUGCGUGAAUACGCUGUCGACUUGUCCUACCGAGCCUCUAUCUUGCUCAAACUCCCAUUGAAGGUCCCCUUAGCUGCCGCUGUUAUCAUACAGCGCUUCUACUUCCGGAAGGGCUUCACUGCCUUCAACGCCAGAAUUGUGUCAUGCGCUGCGACGUUCCUCGGGUGUAAGUACGAGGAGACUCCUAGAGCUAUGUGGAAGGUGGUACAGGUCUUUCAGCUUUUGCAUUUACGUGAAGUGGAACCGAGGACGGACGGCAGGCAGUGGGAACUAGUUGAAGCCAUCGAUCUGACAAGUGAUGAGUACAAGCAGAUCAAGACGGAAGUGAUGAGAGCUGAGCGCUAUAUUCUCCGCGAGCUCGGCUUUGAGAUCGGACAGCUGCUGUUCCCUUCCGCCCAUGCUAUGCUGGUUCCCCUGGUUCAAAGUGUAUUCGGUGCAUGUGGUCAUGGCGUGGCUAAGAGUGUAGCUCGGCGUGCUUGUCCGAUACUCACCGAUAUUCAUCGGUCUCCCAUAAUCUGCUUCUUACCACCAGAAGCACUAGUUGCCGGAGCUAUGUUCAUGGCCGAUGCUGAGCGCCCUGACGAGUCCGGUUUAGCGGAGACUACUUGGUGGGAGGCCCUCGGUGUCUCCCAGGGCCAAUUGGAGCUCUUCAUUGAUGAAGUAUUACGGCUAAGGAGAGCGCCUGAUGAGCUCACAUAUUUCUCCCUCUAUCCCCCGAAAGUAGAAAAACAGCUCACCACCCCUCAGCCUUCGGUUAGCUCUGCUGCGGCUUCGCCAGUAACAUUGGAUGAUGAGCAGCCGACUGAAGUCCUGGCUGCGAAGCCCGAGGUGAAGGAGCAAGUUGAACGUCCUGUGGUGCUACGACCAGCACCGAAUAAAAAAGAACCACAUUCGCAGCCUCCUGGCAAGGCAUCUGUGAAGAGGCGCGCAUCUUCUGGUUCGAAACGUCCAGAAGGAGAUCUUGCUCAGGAAGUAGAGGACGUCGAGAACGCCUCAGCGAUGGCUCACGGACACACGAGAGUUCUCGUGAUCGUCGCCAUCAUGAUCACCGUCAUGAGCGUGGACGAAGCUGGUAUGAACGUCGAUGACAGACCUUUGGUUGAGAUAUCCUGUUGA